CCCCGCGCCGCCCCGGGGACCCCCGAGCUGGAGGCGGCGUUCCGGCGGCUGCGCUGCCAGCGCGUGCUUUCGCCGCGCCGCGGCGUCUUCCGGCCGGCCGUGGUCAAGCAGCUGCGGCGCGGCCACGAGCUCGGCGUGCAGUUCGCCGGCGACCGCGGCGUGACGUUCUUCGAGGGGGUUCCUGCUCGGAGACCCCCGGCCGUGGUGCUGGACGCCACGCCGCCCGCGGGGGCUCUGAGCGUGGAACGCGGCCGUGUCGCCCGCCUGGACCCGCCGAGACGCUCUACCGCCGGCGACGCGGUGGUGGAGGUGGCGCCAAGCCGCCCUCGUACCGCGUGCGGCGGCGCCGCCGCCCCCGCGCCCCGUGUGGGUGCCGCGCUCGGGCUGCGCCUCCUGAGACCCCCGCGCCCCGCGGCAGCCGGAGGACGCCGAGGUUUCCAAGCUGAGCGCGGCGCCCCAGCGCAGCAGCAGCAGCAGCAGCAGCAGCAGCAGCCGCCGCCCCCUCCUCAGCGAGGAGCCGCGGGACCCCCGCCCCAACCCGCCGGGACCCCCCAGCCCAAAUACAAGAAGGGGGACGUGGUCUGCACGCCCAACGGCAUCAGGAAGAAAUUCAACGGCAAGCAGUGGCGGCGGCUCUGCUCCCGCGACGGCUGCACCAAGGAGUCCCAGCGGCGCGGCUUCUGCUCCCGCCACCUCUCCAUGCGCACCAAGGAGCUCGAGGGGCUGCCCGAGCCCCGCCCGGGCCCGCCGGGACCCCCGAGCCAGCGCGGGGGCAGCGCGGAUUUCGAAUGGGGCGACGAAACGUCCCGGGAGAGCGAAGGGGACGCCCGGGGCCGCCCGGGGCCGCCCAACCCGGACCUGUCGCGCUUCGAGUUCGACGAGUGCGAGGCCGCCGUGAUGCUCGUGUCGCUGGGCUCGUCCCGCUCGGGGACGCCGAGCUUCUCGCCGGCCUCCACGCAAUCCCCGUUUCGCCCCGCCGUCCCGUCGCCCUCGCCGCUGUUCGGCUUCCGCCCGCCAACUUCAGCCCGGUCACGGCCUGCGCCCCGCGCCUGGCGCCACCUGAGCUUCGGGCACCCCCGGCCCGGGGAAGCCCGGUUUGCCGUUCCGGUGCCGCUGAGCCCCGGGAAGCGCCAAAGCGACGCGGGCGGCCGUGGGGGAGGGGGCGGCGAUGGGGGGUCCCGCGGGGGAGGGGCGGGGGCGAUGUUCCGCGCGCUGUCCCCGCUGUUCGCCCCCGCUCCCCGCGGGGGCUCACGGCCGACCCCGGCCCGGGCGCGCAGGGUCCCGGCGGUGCCGCGGGGCUCGCGCCGUGAUCGUUCGCAACCCCGAGCCCCCCCCGCUGGCCGCCCCCGUGCCCAUCAACGCCGGGAGGCUCCGCCCCGGCCCCGCCCCACCGGGCCGCGCCCCUCCCCCGCCCUCCGCCGCCGCCCCUCCCCCCGCCGAGGCAGGGCCCCCGGGGCCGGGGCCGCUUUCGGGGGGCCCCCCCUGCACCCCGUGCCCUUCCAUCCCUCGCCCGCCGCGCUGCUGCCGCUGCUCGUGCCCGGAGAGUUCGGGGCGCCCCCGGCGGCGCCGCGCAAGGAGAUCGUCAUGGGCCGGCCGGGCACAGUCUGGACCAACGUGGAGCCGCGCUCGGUGCCCGUGUUCCCCUGGCACUCCCUGGUGCCGUUCCUGGCCCCGAGCCAGCCCGACGCCCCCCCCCAACCCCCGGCCGGGCUGCAGCCCGUCAGCCACCUGAGCCACCUGCCCGCGGCCGCGCCCGGCAAAGAGCCGCCCGAGUCGCUGGCGGUGGCGCCCGAGCCGGGGGGGCGGGGCCAGGGGCCGGGGCGCUCGGGGGGCCACGCGCCCGCCCCCCCCCCGCCCCCCGGCCCCCCCCCCGCGGCCACGGCCCCGCCCCCCGAGGAGGAACCGCCCGGGGGGGGCACCCGGCCGGACAGCGAGACCGAGAGUGACCACGACGACGCGUUCCUGUCGUCCAUCGUGGCCCCGGAGCUGCCGCUGCCGCUGGGGCCGGGCAGGCGCCGCACGCAGUCGCUGAGCGCCCUGCCCAAGGAGGGGGACAAGGACGGCCGCAGCCCCAGCAAGCGGGAGAAGGACCACAUCCGGCGGCCCAUGAACGCCUUCAUGAUCUUCAGCAAGCGGCACCGGGCGCUGGUGCACCAGCGGCACCCGAACCAGGACAACCGCACGGUCAGCAAGAUCCUGGGCGAGUGGUGGUACGCGCUGGGGCCCCGCGAGAAGCAGCAGUACCACGACCUGGCCUUCCAGGUGAAGGAAGCUCAUUUCAAAGCCCACCCGGACUGGAAAUGCGGGGUGGGGGGGGGCGACCCCCGCGGGCCCCCCCUGCACGAGCUGAGCCAGCUCUGUUCUGGCCCCGCUCCCUUCGCCGCCGCGCCCAAGGGUGGGGGAGGGGCGGGGCCCGGGUUCUCGCCCCUCCCCCCGCGCUCGGGGGCCCCGCCCCGCCCCCCCCGGGCCCCGCCCCGCCCCCCCCGCGCGCAGAGCGAGGAGAUGACGAGCGACGAGGAGCGGAUGGUGAUCUGCGAGGAGGAGGGCGACGAUGACGUCAUCGACGAUGGGUUCGCCCCUCCCCCACCCGACAUCGACCUCAAGUGCAAAGAGAGAGUGAGCGACAGCGAGAGCGAGGGGGAGGGGCAGCAGGCCCCGCCCCGCAGGCCGUUCCCGCCGGCGCCGCCCCGCCCCCCCCCGGAGCUGGAGCCGCCCCCGGGCCCCCCGAGCCCCCGGCCCCGCCCCCGCCCCCUACAAGGGCCCGCCCCCCGCGGCCCCGCCCCUCCCCCCCCGCGCCGCAAACGGGCCGAGAGCGCCGAGGGGGGGAUGGGCGGGGGGGGAGGGGCCGGGGGCAGCGCCCCUCCCCCUCCGCUGCGCCCCGGCCCCGCCCCCCCCGGCCCCGCCCCCAGCAAGGCCCCGAUGGGGGGGGGAGGGGUCGUGGCCAAUCUGGUGCUGGGGGGUGGGGGAGGGGCGGGGCCGGGACCCCCUUCCCCGCCCUCGGUGGCGCUGCUCCCCUCCCCCCACCCCGCCCAUCCCCCCCCCGUGCAGCUCCUGGCUGGGGGCGGGGCGGGAGGGGGCGGGGCAGCGAGUGGGGGAGGGGCAGCGCCCCCCGCCCCUCCCCCCCCCAACGGGCCCCUCCCCCUGGGCAUCACCCAGGUCCAAUACAUCCUGCCCACCCUGCCCCUCCCCCACGGCAAAGGCCCCGCCCCCAGCGCCCCCCCGGGGCCGCCCAACCCCCCCCCGGGGCCCAACCCCCCCCUGCACUUCGCCCUGCCCCCACCCCAGAACGGGAAAGCCCCGCCCCCAACCGGGGGGGGCUCCGGAGGCUCCGCCCCCAAAGCCCAGCCCUCCCCCCCGGGCCAGGCCCCGCCCCCCUCCCCGCUGCUCCCGGGGAAGGUUCUGGUGCCCGUGGCCCCGCCCGGCCCCGCCCUGACGCCCUUCGGCGCCCCCGGCGCGGCCCCGCCCCCCGGCAAGAUCAUCCAGCUCAGCCCCGUGCCCCUGGUGCCCCCCCCGGGCAGCCCCGGAGCCGCCGUGGGCGUGGGCGUGGGGGGCGGGGCCGCCGCAGGCCCCGCCCCUCCCCCCAAGGUGCUGCUGCCCCCCGCCCGCAUCGCCUACGUGCACCCGGCCCCGCCCCCGCCCGCGCAGGCCCCGCCCCCCGUGCUGGGGUUCACCGCCCUGCUGCAGGGGCAGGGCUCCCUGCUCGGCCCCGCCCCCGUGGGGGUCUCGGCCCUGCCCCCCCCCCAGCUGCCCCCCCCCAGCUCGGGGGGUCCCGUCCUGGCCGCCAUUUACCCGGGCGGCCCCGCCCCCGGCCCCGCCCCCGCGCCCGGAUUGGUGUACAGCGUGGCUGGCUCCGCCCCCCCGGCCCCGGCCCCGCCCAUCCUGCCCAAGGCCGGCCCCGCCCCCACCCUGGCGGCUGCAGCGGCCCCGCCCUUCCCCCCCCGCGCCCCCCGCCCCUCCCCCAAGCCCCCCCAGAAGGUCAAGGCCGCCCUGGCCACGAUCCCGGUGGGGGGAGGGGAGGCCCCGCCCCUGCCCCGCCCCCCGCCGGACCCGCCCCGCCCCCCUGUGCCCGACCCCGCCCCUCCCCCCUGCCCCGCCCCCUCCGCCGAGCGCUGGGCCCCGGCCCCCGCCGAGGCCACGCCCUCUGCCGGCCCCUCCAGCUCCGCCCCCUCUCCCCCUGGCCCCGCCCCCGAGGGGCCUCCCCGCGCGGCCCCACCCCCUCCAGCCCCGCCCCCCGCCGAGGGCGGGGCCAAGAAGGCGAAGCUCCGGCCCCCGCCCCUGAAAAAAACCUUCGACUCUGUGGACAGGGUGCUGUCCGAGGUGGAUUUCGAGGACCGCUUCGCCGAGCUGCCCGAGUUCCGGCCCGAGGAGGUUCUCCCCUCCCCCACCCUGCAGGCUUUGGCCACCUCCCCCCGAACCAUCCUGGGCAGCUACCGGAAAAAGCGCAAGAACUCCACAGAGCUGGACGCCCCCGGGGACGACCCCUCCUCCCCCAAGCGGAAGCUGCGGCGCCGUUCGAGCUGCGGCUCCGAACCCUCGACCCCCAAAAGCGCCAAGGGCGGCGAGGGGGAGGGGCCGGGGGAGAUCUUCACCUUCGACCGACAAGGAGGCGAGGGUGAGGACGUGCUGGGCGAGCUCGAGUACGACAAGGUGCCGUUCUCGUCGCUGCGGCGAACGCUCGACCAGCGCCGCGCCCUCGUCAUGCAGCUCUUCCAGGAGCACGGCUUCUUCCCCUCGGGUGAGCCACAAAUGGUCCCCAAAUUACCCCUCAAUUUUGCCGACAUUUUCCCCACCAAGCUCUGCCUGCAGCUCAAGAUCCGCGAGGUUCGCCAGAAGAUCAUGCAGGCGGCCACGCCCACCGAGCCGGCCCCGCCCACCGAGCCCGACGGCCCCGCCCCCUCCGCCAGCGAGGCCACGCCCCCUCCUCCCCCUCAGCCUCCUGUGGCGGCCACGCCCCUCUCGUCCUCAAACCCCGCCCCUUCCUCGUCUGACCCCGCCCCCUCGGCCGAGGCCACGCCCCCCUCGCCCCCCGCGGGCGUGCGCUGAACCAUUCCAUGGCCACGCCCCCUUUUUGUUGGUCACGUGACCGGGAUCUUUUAAACAAUGGGAGAAUCUUUGGAGCCACGCCCCCUC